GAAUUUUAGCGGCUACCAUCCCUCGGCCUGUUUUGACUGCAGCUUGCUUGCUCGCUGCUGCUGGAUGUGUGCGGCGACAUUUGCAUGCAUUCCUGGCCGAGUUCCCUUUAUGUCAUUUUCACGCAGUUGUUAAGAGGGAAGCAAUGAACAGCAGGCUUCAGGAGAUACGCGAGAGGCAAAAGCUGAGACGGCAGCUGUUGGCUCAGCAGCUGGGAGCUGAGAGCCCGGACAGUAUUGGAGCCGUCCUGCACAGCAAAGAUGAGCUGAAGGAGAUAGAAGAGACCAGGGAAACGUGCAGGGCCUCAUAUGACAGCUCUGCCCCUCCUUCCAAAAGGAAGCCACAGACGGAUGGAGAGGACACAGAGGAAGAUGUGGAGGAGCAAAAAGAUGAGGUGGAGGUGCAGCAGGAAGAGGAGAGCAACCCGUACGAGGAAGUCUACAAGGAUUCCAGCACUUUCCUUAAGGGUACCCAAAGCUUGAACCCCCACAAUGACUACUGUCAGCACUUUGUCGACACGGGACACAGACCACAGAACUUCAUCAGGGACGUGGGCUUGGCCGACCGAUUUGAAGAAUACCCCAAGCUGCGAGAGUUGAUCCGACUCAAAGACGAGCUCAUCGCCAGCACCAACAUUCCUCCCAUGUACCUCCAGGCGGAUCUGGAGCACUUCGACCUGCGGGACUUAAAGAGCCAGUUUGAUGUGAUUCUGAUCGAGCCUCCGUUGGAGGAGUACUACAGAGAGUCGGGCAUCAGUCACACGGAGCGCUUCUCGACCUGGGAUGAUAUCAUGAGACUGGAGAUCGAGGAGAUAUCCGCCUUGCGCUCCUUCGUCUUUCUCUGGUGUGGCUCCGGAGAAGGCCUGGACCUGGGCAGAAUGUGCCUGAGAAAGUGGGGCUUCAGGAGGUGUGAAGACAUCUGCUGGAUCAAAACCAACAAGAACAACCCAGGAAAAACCAAGGCCCUGGACCCAAAAGCAGUUUUUCAGAGGACAAAGGAGCACUGCUUGAUGGGAAUCAAGGGAACUGUGCGCAGGAGUGAUGACUUUGACUUCAUCCACGCCAACGUGGACAUCGACCUGAUUAUUACCGAGGAGCCUGAGAUGGGAAACGUAGAGAAACCAGUGGAGAUCUUCCACAUCAUUGAGCAUUUCUGUUUGGGUCGCAGGAGGCUGCACUUGUUUGGAAGAGACUCGACCAUCAGACCAGGCUGGGUGACUGUCGGUCCCACACUAACGAACACCAACUUUAACCCAGAGACCUACGCCGCACACUUCCCUACGCCCGAAUCCCAUUUAUCCGGCUGCACAGAAGAAAUAGAGAGACUGCGGCCCAAAUCGCCCGUGAAUCUCAAAAUGGAACGUGGAGGGGGAGCACCCAGAGGGGGGCGCGGGGGGCCCAACGCUGGGAGAGGCGGAGACAGAGGGAGAGAAAGGAAUAGGCCAAAUUUCCGGGGCGACAGAGGGGGGUUCCGGGGAAGAGGAGGGCCACACCGGGGGUUUCCGCCUCGCUAGAAUGGUGUGGUUAGAAAGAAACUACACUUUUACUGUUCUGAAUGUUUUUGAAACAGUUCAAUUUGAAUAUUUUUUUCAUCCAAAUACUUUAGUUUUAAGUAGUGUUUCUAAAAUAAACGUUCUUUUCACAAUUU